AUGGCUAUGUGCGGAGGCGAUGUCACGGUGUCCAUCUCAUGUCUGACAACGAUGACCGACACUUGGCAGAACGAGUUCGGCAACAUCAAGGUCAACGACCGCGGCAUGCGGGUCGCGCAGAGGGACGGGCAGGAGGAGCUUCUUUUGGAGGGGCAGGUGGUGCCGGAUCAGCUGGUGUUUGGAGACGGGCGUAUUAUCGGUAGGGGUGCGUGCUCUGUGGUGAACCUGGCGAGACACAAGGACACCGGCCAGCUCUUCGCGGUGAAGGUGUUCUCGCUUCUCGAUCGCGAGAAGCGGCGGCAGCUGGAUAGGGAGAUCGGGACCCUGCUCAGGUCCUUGGAGAAUGGGUGCUGCAGCCACUUGGUCGACUUCUUCGGCGCGUUCAAGAGGCCCGACGGGAGCAUCAGGGUGGUCCUGGAGUACAUGGACAGGGGCAGCCUCGCGGACGUUACCGAGUACCGGACGCACAUACAGGCUCGAUGGAACGCCCGGCGAAAAGGCGUCGAAAGAGAGUCGAAGGAAGCGGGACCGACGGAGGUGGCGAAGAAGGCGGGGGUGCAUGAAGGGGCAGCCGGCAAGGUCCCUCAGAUCGGAGGUGAAAACGGGGAAGGAUUGUCUCACAGGACGGAGACGUUCCCGUUGUCUGAUGAGGCGGAGGUUGCCUUCCCGCCUGAGAGAGGGCAAGACGGCGGUGGGUUGGAGCGGCUCGCAACGCAUCCCCAGGUUUCGGACGACGACGACGACAUGCCGGCGACCUUGGAGCGAUUAGGUGGCGGCGCCGGAGAAAAGACGCAGCAGCGGCAGCAGACCCUCAUCAUGGGGAGCAGCGGCAAAAACGGAGGCGGCGGCGGCGGCGGCGGCAUCGCCGCCGCCACGAGUGGUAGCGUGGUGAAGAACCUAGCGGUCAACGGUAGUGGUAGUAGUAGCGGUAGCAGAAGCAACGGCGUCGCUCAUCAGACCCGACAGCACCGGCAGCAUCGAACGGGGUCAUUCUCCAGCAAUUCUUCCAUAGGGGAGAGUCAGCAGCAACAGGAGGCGAACAUCUCCCUGGAGCCCCUGAUGCUGUCGGAGGGGGCGUUGGCGACGCCGGCGGCAGGCGUCAAGGAGACCCUUCUCGAGCGAGGGAGAGGGCAGGUCGAAGCGCCGUGGCUCGAUGACAAUGGAGACGGGGGGGCGGGGGGGAGGCCCGCGCUGCGGUUAGAGCAGGAGCUGGAGGAAGACGAUAGACCGGAGGCCGCGGAGAGGAGGCGGGUGGAGGCGGCGGCGGAACUGGAGAGGCAGAAGGAGCAAGAGGAGUGGGACAGAGCUUUCGAGGAGGAGCUCGUGCAGACGGGCCUUCCCGAAGAUGUGGUCGCGGCGUGCGUCUACCAAAUACUGGGGGGCCUGACGUACCUCCACGAGCACAAUCAGCUACACCGCGACGUUAAGCCGAGCAACAUCCUUCUCAACGCCAGAGGGGAGGUUAAACUCACCGACUUCGGCAUUGCUCGAGAGCUUGACCACGCUGGGGCGAUGGUGGAGACGGUGGUGGGAACGGUCAGGUACAUGUCGCCGGAGAGGCUCCACGGGGAGGCGUACGGGCGGCCCGCGGACGUGUGGGGGCUCGGUUUGGUGAUGAUCGAGUGCGUCACGCAGGAGGCCCCCUACGCCGACGGUUGUUCCCAGAUUGAGAUCCUGCAGACCCUGAAAGAGCACGGCGGCAGCGGCCUCUUGCCCUCCGGCACGGAGGACAGAGUGCCCCUCAGCGAUGCCUUCGUCGGCUUCGUGGGCGACUGCCUAAUGGUCAACCCGGAGGACCGGCUUUCGACGGCGGAGCUGUUGAACUCGCGCUGGUUCGUGGAGCAGGGGGUCCACGGUCGCGAGGCGGCGGUCGAGCUCAUGGCGGAGUACCUGGAAGGGUUGUACGGCCCGCACGCCUUCAAGUACUUCGGGGACCCCGCGGCGCUCGAACCGCCGGCCUUGUAG